AUGGACGGUGACCCCAGAUUCGAUGGGUCUAGGAGUAUCACGAAGUUCUUCAUAUCCAACUUGCCUGAAGGAUGCACCCCUUGGGAGUUAAAGUGUGGUAUAGCCGGGUGUGGUGAAAUUUCCGAUACGUAUGUGGCUAAAAAAAGGGAUAAACAAGGUUGUAGGUUUGGUUUCGCUUCAUUCAAAGAUGUUAAGGAUAAAACUGAUCUGCUUAAGCUGUUGAGGGGAGUGAGUUUGGGGGGUUGUAAGUUGAGAGUCAAUAUUGCAAGGUUUGCCCUGGAGAAUGGAAGUGGUAAUGGAUUUCAUGGGGGUGGUAACUCAAGGGUUAAUCAGAUGCGUGGCAGGAAUGAUGGUAAAUCCAGCUGCUUUUAUCCAGAUGGUAACGGUAGGGCGUCCAAUUUCAGAGACUUUCGUUCUUACAGAGACGUUCUGGGUAAAGGGAAACAGAAGGAAGAAGGUCCGCUUAUUGGGGUUCCUCAGGACUCCGGCAAACAGGUUGUGGCUCCCGAUCGGACUGACGCCAUGCAGGAUCUUAAGGGGGUUGCAGUGGUUGGAAGGGCGGUGGACCUGGAGACGUUGGUCGAUCUUGACCGACUUCUCCAUAUUGCCAAAGUUUCAUAUGGGAAAAUCCAGUAUUUAGGGGGCUUAUCAGUUCUUAUCUCGUUUAGGGAGGAGCCUGCCUCUCGUCUGUUUUUGGAAUCUAAGGAUUUAUGGGGGCCUUGGUUCUCGAAACUUUCGGUUUGGGAAGGUCAGUCGUUACCCUUUGAGAAGGUAGCUUGGCUUAGGGUUAUCGGGCUUCCGUUGCAUUUACUUGAUCGGGAUAUUAUCAAGUUGGUGGGGGAACCCUUCGGGAAGAUUUUGCAUGUCCAGAAAGAUUUUGGCACUGCUAAUGACUUAUCUUUUGUUAGGAUUGGGGUCUUGUCUGGAGUUGUUGAUAGAAUCAAAGAUGUGGUUACAUUGAAAUGGAAGGAGAGAAAUUACAGGAUCAUGGUAGAGGAAGAACUCGAUGUGUGGAUCCCUGACUGUUUGGGACGUAUGGCGGAAGGUAGCUCGGCGAUGUCGUCAUCUAUGGCAUCUUCUCCGGUGGUUAAGGUACCGGAACCUGAGGUGGGUGGGGGAAUUUUUAGGGAAGACGAAGAGGCCGGAGAGGAAUCUGGAUCGGCAAAAGGCGGCGCAUGUGUUGGUGAUCCAUCCAAUGGUGGAGGGAAUAAUAAUCUGUCUUCUAAAGUCCAAUUUAAUUGGGAGUCUUUUAAGGGGGAUAAUUAUGGGGAUUGUUCUAACGUGCAUGGGGAUGGGAAUAAAGGUGUGAUGUUCUUUAAAGCGGGUAAGAAGUCAAAGCGGUGCCGUAAAGGUGGGGCCAAAAAUCUAUCCGGGUCCUUCAUGGAUAGUCCGUAUAUCAAUUCAGAGUCUUGUGAGAGAGGAAGGCCCACCAAAAGAAAUAGGGCCCAACUUGAUGUAGUAAGUGACCCAUUUUCUAUUGACCGGAUCUUGGCCCAGAUGAGUAAUCCUUCGGUUAAUUCUCCGGAUCCCCUUCCUUCUUCCUCGUGUGUGCCUAGUGUCAAUCUAAAUAUUUCUCUCAACUCAGACGGGGUCCCUAUUGGGGAAAUUCGAAAGGAGUCUCUCGUAAAUCCAUCGUCGCUGCCGGAGGUUGAUCAUGGUGGGGCCGGGGUCGCUGGGUCGGAUGAGGCCGGGGUCUCUGGGUCGGCUGUUGGAGGUGUGGCGGUUGAUGAUUCCAUUGAUCAGCAGGUUAGAGCUACCAUUAAUACGGGUGUUUUGGUAGGUAUGGAGCUGGGCAACUGCGAGAACCUGGUUAGGAACGUUAUUCUGGGCAAAGGUAUUAAUGAGGUGUCGGUAUGA